GAAUGACGCAAUGAAGUAGGAAGUGGAGUCGCCUGGUAACGUUAUAUUCUUGAAUUUUCAACCAUGUGGCCAUUGGUCUGGACUGCCAUGCGCACCUAUGCACCCUAUGUGACCUUCCCAGUAGCCUUGGUGGUGGGAGCUGUUGGGUACCAGCUAGAGUGGUUCAUCAGAGGAACUCCUAAUACCCCUGGAGAAGAGAGAGGUAUUGCGGAGCAGCGAGAGGAUAGGAAAUUAGAAGAACUGACGGGUCGGGACAGCACACAGUUCACCAGCCUGAAAGACAAACUGGAAUUCACCCCAAGGGCAGUGCUAGAAAGAAAUCGACCAGAGAAGAGUUAAGUGAAGGUCUGGCAAGAUUACCAUAAAAUGAUCUAAUUCAACCAAAGUUGGGCUCUUCAUCUUGUCACACGACAUGUCCCUAGAGACGGGAACUAGUGGGAUUUCAUUUGCAAGCGUAUACCACAUCAUUCAGCUGCCACAAUUUUGGAGUCUUGUUCUAAUAUUCACAAAGCUAGCUGGUGAAAGUCGACUGCUGGAAGAAGUUGUAAAACAUUGAUUCUCUGGGACUUCUUAAUACGCAUUUUGUAGCCUCAGGCAUGCAGACAUAUGACUAUGUUGGUUUUUUUCAUUUGCGGUUCUUGUCAGAUGCUCAAGAGACUGAAGCUGGAAUAAAGACAACCUUUGUUAAGUGUGUGUGUAGAUAAAUAAAAGUGUAUUUAUGCAACA